AUGUUCUUUGCUAGAGUCUUCCUUCCUAUCGCCGCCAUCAUGGCAUCUAUUCUCGCUGCUCCAGUCCAGCCCAAGGCAGACCUCGAACCCAGGUUCAUCUACGCGAGCCCUUCCAUUGCCUCAUUCGGCGACGAGGGCCCGGUUGAAGAUGCUACGACAGACGCCUCGACUGCUUGUGUUGAAUGCUUCUGA